ACAGCUAUUAAACACGCAGCAGCCAGCCACCGCCAGACUCUCCAGUCUCCAAGUCCAAAAAGGCCAACCAAAAUGGAGCCGAAGAACUCCCGGUUAGACAGCGCGGCCACCAGCCCGUACGCCACGGCGCCGUCCAGCCCGCGCGGCCGGCGCCUUGUCCCCUCCGAGGGAGCGGCGGGCAGCCUAUUCCUGACGGCGCCGCCGUCGCCCAACCCGCUCGACCUCCUGCCGCCGGCCACCCCGCGCCUCACCGGCACCGGCACCGGCGCCGCCAACCCGUUCGAUCUCUUCCAGCACUUCACCAGCGCGCCCGCCAGCCCCCGCCGCGCCGCGGCCAUAUACGCGCGCUUCGCCGAGGGGAACGAGAGCGGCGGUGACGACGACGGCGACGGCGACGGCGACGAGGAGUUUCAGCCGCGCCGGACGUACGCCGCGGGCGGGUCGUCCGUGCCGUUCGACUGGGAGGAAAGGCCUGGGACGCCGAAGAGGGGACUUGGCGGGGCCGGGGCCGGGGCCGGGGCCGUGGCUGCGGACGAGGCGGCGUGGGCCACAGAAUUCGAGUUCGGCAAGGCCGCACCGGCCGAGACGCUUACGACGGCCGACGAGCUCUUCGAGAAGGGCAAGAUCAGGGCUUCGAAGCCGACGCCCAAGACGGCCGACGAACCCAAGGUCCGUCCGCUGAAGCCGCCGCCCGGGCUGCUCGACGGCGGGAGCGUCCCGCCGUCGCCUAUGGGUCGAGGCGGCAUGCGGCGGAGGAGCAGAGCGAGCUCCGGUGUCGACUUCGACCCGUUCACCGCCGCGCUGCUGGAGGCAACCAAGGCGCCAGCGCCGUCCCCGCUCGGCGAGCCCAGGAAACCGGCCACGCGUGCGCGUCCCGUGCCGAGGAGCGCGAGCGCCGGGUGGAGAAGGUGGCGGCGGCUCAGCCUCAGCGACCUCCUCCUGUUCCGAAGCUCAUCCGACGGCGGCCGCGUCGACGACCAGGACCCCGACGUGAAGCCAGUGCAACGGUUCGUCGUGCGGCCCGUCAAGGAGGCGGGCGCGCAGGCGCAGCCGGCGGUGACGGUCAAGGCCGUCGCGAAAGGCGACGACAUGGGCAAGGACUGGAAGCAGCAUGGCAACAGGAACGUGGCCGCGGCGGCGGAGAGCGUCGCCGGGUGCGCUCGGCUGAGCCCGCUGCAGCGGCUGGCCAAAGUGCUCGGUGCGUACUCGUUGCACCACCGCCGCGAUAUGGCGUCGCCGGCAAACAAAGGGUGAAGGAUCGUAGCGUUAUUGUUUUGCCGUGUUUCUCUGCCCGGUUAUUGUUCAUACAAGAGUACAAGACGUAUCUUCGUUUGCAUAGUGUGAAACCAUGUCCAAGUGCAAUUUGCAACAAAUAGUGCUCUUCUUAUUGGUUUCUCACUCUGA